CUCCCUGUCCAGGCCUUAGAUUGUGGGGCAGGGAGGGGGGAUCUCCACCUGAGCCCUCCCUUCCCCCUGCCCCUCCCCCCAGCAAUGGCCUGAGCCCCCAUGGCUGCCCCUCAGGACCUGGACAUCGCUGUGUGGCUGGCCACGGUGCACCUGGAGCAGUAUGCAGACACGUUCCGGCAGCAUGGCCUGGCUACGGCAGGUGCAGCCCGAGGCCUGGGCCACGAGCAGCUGAGGCAGUUGGGCAUCCACGCCACAGGGCACCGGAAACGUAUUCUGCGCCUGCUGCAGGCUGGCACAGUGGAGUGUUCUCUGGAUCCCAAAUCAGAUAGCACCAUGGAGCCUUCUUCUGGCCUAGACCCUCCGGCCCAGACUCCCAAGCCUGUGCCCAAGCCCAGGACUGUGUUUACUGGGCUCACUGGCCCUGCCACCACCCAGAGACCUGGACUGAGCCCAACGUUUCGAGGAUCAGAAGCCUCCAGGAGCCCAGAAUCCAGCCCAAAGUCUCCUCCGCUCCCCAGCUCCUCCUCUGGGCAGCUUUCACUGCCAGAUACGGUGGAGAUGAUGCCCAAUGCCAUCUACUUUGGCCUGGACCUAAGAGGCGGGGCGCAUGCAGCUCAGGAAGUCACCCCAGACAGCACCCAGAAAGCUGCCCCCACUCCUGCCCUGAGACCCACAACAGGAACAGUGCACAUCAUGGAUCCUGGCUGCCUGUACUAUGGCGUCCAGUCUGUUGGGGUCCCAGGGGCCUCUGACAGAAGAGUGGGUAGAGGCACCUGUCAGGACCAGGCUGAACACAGGCUUAGCAGGCAGGAUCUGGAGGCCCGGGAGGAUGCUGGCUAUGCCAGCCUGGAGCUGCCUGGUGACUGCAGCCUGUCUCUGCCCACCCUGGACUUGGAGGAAACCAGCGAUGAACUCAUUUCACCUUACGCCAGCUUCUCUUCCACGGCAGACCGGCCCAUGCCCCUGCUCAGCGCCUGGCUGGACAAGCUCUCCCCUCAGGGAAACUAUGUCUUCCAGAGACGCUUUGUACAGUUCAACGGGAGGAGUCUGAUGUACUUUGGCAGUGACAAGGACCCCUUCCCCAAGGGUGUUAUCCCUCUGACUGCCAUUGAGAUGACCCGCAGCAGCAAGGACAACAAGUUCCAGGUCGUCACCGGUCAGAGGGUGUUUGUGUUCCGCACAGAGAGCGAAGCUCAGCGGGACAUGUGGUGCUCCACGCUGCAGUCCUGCCUGAAGGAGCAGCGGCUCCAGGGCCAGCCCCGGCCCCCGCAGCCACCACGCCCCCUGCGCACAGGCAUGCUGGAGCUGCGUGGGCACAAGGCCAAGGUGUUUGCAGCCUUGAGCCCUGGAGAACUGGCGUUGUACAAGAGUGAACAGGCCUUCUCUCUGGGCAUCGGCAUCUGCUUCAUCGAACUACAAGGCUGCAGCGUCCGGGAGACCAAGAGUCGAGGCUUUGAUCUGCUCACACCCCAUCGUUGCUUCAGCUUCACAGCCGAGUCUGGGGGGGCUCGGCAGAGCUGGGCGGCCGCUCUGCAGGAAGCAGUAACCGAGACCCUGUCUGACUACGAGGUGGCUGAGAAGAUCUGGUCCAAUCGGGCAAACCGGCACUGUGCGGACUGUGGGGCCUCCCGCCCGGACUGGGCUGCCGUCAACCUGGGCGUGGUCAUCUGCAAGCAGUGCGCAGGUCAGCAUCGGGCCUUGGGGUCUGGGAUCUCCAAGGUGCAGAGCCUCAAGCUGGACACAAGCGUGUGGAGUAAUGAAAUAGUACAGUUGUUCAUCACCCUGGGCAACGAUCGUGCUAACCGCUUCUGGGCAGGGGCACUACCCCCCGGUGAGAGGCUGCACCCAGAUUCCACCCCUGGCUCCCGGGGGGAGUUUAUCUCCCGGAAGUACCGGCUGGGUCUCUUCCGGAAGCCCCACCCUCAGUAUCCUGAUCACAGCCAGCUUCUCCAGGCUCUGUGUGCAGCUGUAGCCGGACCCAACCUGCUGAAAAAUAUGACCCAACUCCUCUGUGCUGAGUCUGUUGAGGGCGAGGAGCCCUGGUCCCCUUCAGCCUUCGAUGGCAGCUUCCCUGGCCUCCUGCCCCCAGACCCCUCCCCUGGUGUGUAUAAUGAGGUGGUGGUGCCCGCCACUUACAGCAGCUUCCUGUAUUGUGGUCCCAUCAGCAACAAAGCUGGACCCCCUCCGCCUCGCAGGGGCCGGGAUGCUCCCCCCCGCCUGUGGUGUGUGCUUGGAGCAGCUCUGGAAAUGUUUGCAUCGGAAAGUAGCCCUGAACCCCUCAGCUCGAUCCAGCCCCAAGAUGUCGUGUGUCUGGGCGUGAGUCCCCCACCCACGGAUCCAGGUGACCUGGACAGGCUUCCCUUUUCCUUUGAGCUCAUUCUCACUGGUGGAAGGAUCCAGCAUUUUGGCACGGAUGGAGCUGACAGUCUAGAGGCCUGGACCAGUGCCGUGGGCAAGUGGUUCUCCCCGCUGAGCUGUCACCAGCUGCUGGGCCCGGGUCUGCUGCGGCUGGGCCGCCUCUGGCUGCGCUCCCCCUCCCACACGGCCUUGGCCUCUGGCCUCUGGCUGGCAGGAUUUGGCCUCCUUCGUGGUGACCACCUCUUCCUGUGUCCAGCGCCGGGCCCUGGGCCCCCAGCCCCUGAGGACAUGGUGCAUCUCCGGCGGCUACAGGAGAUCAGUAUGGUCCCUGCAGCAGACACUCCAGACAAGAAAGAGCAUUUGGUCCUAGUGGAGACAGGCAGGACCCUGUAUCUGCAGGGAGAGGGCCGACUGGACUUUGCAGCAUGGAACGCAGCCAUUGGCGGAGCAGCUGGUGGGGGUGGCACAGGGUUGCAGGAGCAGCAGAUGAGCCGGGGUGACAUCCCCAUCAUCGUGGAUGCCUGCAUCAGUUUUGUCACCCAACAUGGGCUCCGGCUGGAGGGUGUAUACCGGAAAGGAGGUGCCCGUGCCCGCAGCCUGCGGCUCCUGGCCGAGUUCCGGAGGGAUGCCCGGUCUGUGAAGCUGCGGCCAGGGGAACACUUUGUGGAGGAUGUCACCGACACGCUCAAACGGUUCUUUCGGGAGCUCGAUGACCCUGUGACCUGUGCACGGUUGCUGCCUCGCUGGAGGGAAGCUGCCGAGCUGCCCCAGAAGAACCAACGUCUGGAGAAAUACAAAGAAGUAAUCAGCUGCCUGCCACGGGUCAACCGCCGCACUCUGGCCACCCUCAUUGGGCAUCUCUACCGGGUACAGAAGUGUGCGGCCUUAAACCAGAUGUGCACCCGGAACCUGGCCCUGCUCUUUGCGCCCAGUGUAUUCCAGACAGAUGGGCGUGGGGAGCACGAGGUGCGGGUGCUGCAGGAACUCAUCGAUGGCUACGUCUGUGUCUUUGAUAUCGAUUCUGACCAGGUAGCUCAGAUUGACUUGGAGGUCAAUCUUAUCACCACCUGGAAGGAUGUGCAGCUGUCCCAGGCUGGAGACCUCAUCAUGGAGGUCUACAUAGAACAGCAGCUCCCAGACAACUGUGUAACCCUGAAGGUGUCCCCAACACUGACUGCUGAGGAGCUGACCAACCAGGUGCUGGAGAUGCGGGGGACAGCAGCUGGCACAGACCUCUGGGUGACAUUUGAGAUUCUCGAACAUGGGGAACUUGAGCGGCCACUGCACCCCAAAGAGAAGGUCCUAGAGCAGGCCCUGCAAUGGUGCCAGCUCCCGGAGCCCUGCUCAGCAUCCCUGCUCUUGAGAAAAGUCCCCUUGGCCCGGGCCAGCUGCCUGUUCACAGGUAUCCGGCGUGAGACCCCACGCGUGGGGCUGCUGCGGUGUCGUGAGGAGCCGCCCCGCUUGCUGGGGAGCCGCUUCCAGGAGAGGUUCUUCCUGCUGCGUGACCACUGCCUGCUGCUACUCAAGGAGAAGAAGAGCUCUAAACCAGAACGGGAGUGGCCUCUGGAAGGUGCCAAGGUCUACCUGGGAAUCCGCAAGAAGUUAAAGCCCCCAACCCCGUGGGGCUUCACGUUGAUACUGGAGAAGAUGCACCUCUACCUGUCAUGCACUGAUGAGGAUGAGAUGUGGGACUGGACCACCAGCAUCCUUAAGGCCCAGUAUGAUGAUCAGCAGCCAGUGGUCUUACGACGCCGAUCAUCCUCUGAACUUGCCCGUCAGAAGUUUGGCACGAUGCCCUUGCUGCCCAUCCGCGGGGAUGACAGUGGAGCCACCCUCCUCUCUGCCAAUCAGACCCUGCGGCGAUUGCACAACCGGAGGACCCUGUCCAUGUUCUUUCCAAUGAAGUCAUCGCAGGGGUCUGUGGAGGAGCAGGAGGAAGAGGAGGAGCCUGUAUAUGAGGAGCCAGUAUAUGAGGAAGUUGGCGCCUACCCCGAGCUGACCAUGGACACUUCUACCUCCCUCUCCAGCACACGAGAGUGGAUGGCCAUACCAGAGACCCCUCUCGCCAGCCAGAGGUCCUUUGAGCAACCCCCUCUCUCUAAAGCGAGCACCCUGGGCCAGGAGGAGAGGCCCCCUGACCCCCCACCAGGCCCCCCUGCCAAGAGCAAUCCCCUGGCCCGGGGAUCCCUGGAGGAGCAGCUGCUCCAAGAGCUCAACAAUCUCAUCCUGAGGAAGGGGGACACCACUGCGUGCCUGAGAAGUGCUUCCCAACCAUCCAGCCCCCAGGCCUCCAGUCCUGUCAGCCCUCCAACACAGACGCCGGGCUUCCCCAUGCACUCGCCCUGCCCUUCCAGCCCUCCCUCCAGCCAGCCCUUCACAUGACCCAAGGAUCAGCAAUCUGAGGGCAUGUGCCCAAGAGACCCGUGCUGCCAGCAGGGCAGACCCCACAGGGAGCUUCAUUGGCCCUGGAAGGGGAGACCCAGGACCCAGUGUGGUGCUGUGCAAGGGGCACUGGAUGGAGGGCCCUGGAGGCUGUGUGUGCCAGGGCAGGUCAUGGCCCAUUUCUGGGCUGCAGCCCAUUUGUAUCAUGAAAUCAGGAGAAAAUUGAACAUGAAAGUUUUAUUAUAAUUUCCUCACUAAGAACAGCUCCUGGCUUAUAGAUUUGAUACAUAGGGUUCUACUACUACAAGGUUUGGAAGCCAGCAGCCUGGAUGAUGCCCAAAGCUUUACUACCCCACUUCCUACGUUCUGGGACUGUGCUGAAGCCCUGGCGUAGGGCAAUUGAUUGGGGUUUGGAGCUGGGGCAAAGGGGAGCCAAAAAAGGAUGGGUCACUAUUAAUAAAUCUUGGAACCAGGA